GGAUCUAUAAUGGAUAUCCGUUCAUGUAAUGCUGAACUCGAAGAAAUUGAGAGAGAAUUAAGCUAUAUCUUAAAGAAUCCAAGUGGCAUCAAGACAUUGAUUGAAGCUGAACGCCAUGAACACAUAUUGGAAGAGACCUUGAAACAUGUCCAACUUCGCAAGAAAAUGUUGGAAAAUGGGUACAUCAAUCCAGUAGCUUCUGAGGGAGGAUUUUAUCCAAACAAUAUAAAUCCUAGUGGAUUUUUUGUGGGAAGUUCCAGCUAUAAUCCAGAUAUGCCUCCAGAGGUUGAUGCAGUACCUACCGGAUUUCAUUUCUUCAGCAAUCAAGCACCAAUUUUGCCAGGAAUGAUACAAACCCAAUCACCAACAUUGUUUCAAGGAUACAAUUGGCCCUAUCAUCCUUAUGCACACAACAAUGAGGCAGCUACGGAUGGCUACAAUGUUAUGCCUCAGCCUCAGCCUCAGCCUCAGUUGGGACAAUUUGUGAAUGAUCCCUACAUUCCUCAGCCUUACCAGUUUGGACCCUUGGUUGAUAUGAACUUGCCUCCUCUCAAUAUUACUAGAGAACAGGAAAAUGGUGCAAAGGCGAUUCAAAAUGAAGCAGGCAAUAAUGGAGCUAUGGGACAUUACGCACCUACCAAUGGCAUACCUUUUCCAUUUUGAUCCCAAAUUAAUAAUAUGUUUAAGAUUAAAGGGACAUGAGCCAAAAGAAUUAUGCUCAUAUCUACUUACUAAUUAAGGUGUCUUUUAUAUGAACACCCCUUUAUAUUGUUUCUGAUUUUUGGCUGGGGAAUGAAAACUUUACCAGUUCUGUGUUUAGACUAAAUUCAAAUAAUUAU